CGCAUUUCGCGUGGUUAGAGAUUUUUUAGGGAAUUCAAUUUUGUGAAUCAUGGCGGCCCCAACUAGCGGUGUCGUGGUGCCACGAAAUUUUCGUCUACUAGAAGAAUUAGAACAAGGUCAAAAAGGUGUCGGAGAUGGUACAAUUAGUUGGGGUUUAGAAAAUGAUGAUGACAUGACAUUAACACAUUGGACGGGGAUGAUCAUUGGACCACCUCGUACCCCAUAUGAAAAUAGAAUGUAUUCUUUAAAGAUUGAAUGUGGACAGAAAUAUCCAGAUGAUGCGCCCAACGCUAAGUUCAUAUCUAGAAUUAACAUGAAUUGCAUUAAUAGUACUACUGGCGUGGUUGAUAGUAGACAAGUUCCAGUUCUUGCACGAUGGCAACGGGAUUACACAAUAAAAACAUUACUUCAAGAAUUGCGGAGACUUAUGACAGUUAAAGAAAAUUUGAAAUUAUCUCAACCUCCAGAAGGCAGUACUUUCUAGUGGCAAGAUUCCCGGGAUGUCGCUUUGAUAAUUACGUUUAAUAAUAAUAUUAUAUUUUUUUUAAACAAACUAUUAAUUCUUGGUUUAUUCAUUUAGAUUGCGAAGCAUUAUUACAAAACUGAAUUGUUACCAACAUUAAAAAACCAGUGCUUUUUCUUUAUUAUACCUAAUAUACAAAAAAAAAACUACUUCACAGAUUAUAAAGAUUGUUUUAUCACGUAUUCUGAUUAUUAUUGUAUAGAUUAUGAAGUUCUUCAAAUGCGUUAUAAGCGAACGAUAAACAGGUUACAAUGAAUUUCUAGGGAUGUUAGAAAACACUAUUUCAAUCAUUAUUUUUGGGUCUAAACUAAUUUUUAAAUUUUUAUAUGCUUAGAAUGAAAAUUGUAUGCAAUUUUUAAUGGAAAAUUCCUACGAAAAUGUUCAGAUCUAAGAUUUUUUUAACAUAUCGUCGAUAUUUGUUAUCGAAAUUGUUGAAAAUUAUCGUAGACAUUUUAUACGACCGUCUCAAUCAAUUAUUAAAAAAAAAAAAAGAAAAACUUUUUUUAUUUGCUAU